AUGGAGUCCGACGGACGCACCAAGGCUUACAAAUUCGUGGCGUAUGCGGCCGUAUCGUUCUCAGUGGUCGCUGUCUUGUCGGUGGUGCUCACUUUACCGAUGGUGUACAAUUACGUGAGUCAUGUGCGACGACAGAUGCAGCACGAGAUUUCCUUCUGCAAGGGAUCCGCCAAAGAUAUCUUUGCUGAAGUCAACUUUAUGAAAGCCAGCGCUGGCUCUGCUCCUCGGAACCGCACAUCCCGUCAGUCUGGCUACGGUCCCGAAGUUAACCCAGCACCCAACCUUCAGUGUGAAGGAUGUUGUUUGCCUGGACCACCAGGACCAGCUGGUGCACCAGGCAAGCCAGGAAAACCCGGACGUCCAGGAGCGCCU